CCAUGUUGCAUUCUGUAUUUUGCUUUCCUUGCCGUUCUACUCUCUCUGUCUCUCUAUUUUACAACCGCAAUUGCAUUGCCGCAUUGACCAGCACUUUGACCAACCACAAUCAUUCUUUUCAUUCUACAACACUUUCAUUUUAAUUCAAACCGGACAAACAUAAAGGAACAACAACAGCAGCGACAAAAAGAGUGAACAGAUUAAUUAAUGGCUAUGCAGGAAAUGAAGAUUGGGUCUGCGACGACAAGAGAGCAUUUGCUCCGCGCGCAAUCUGGUCAAAAGAUGAAGCUCAAGGAGAAAUUUGUUGAGAUUUAUGACACAUUUCUGAGGGGUCAGGAUCCAGCGCAAGGCAAAGACCCCGAUGUGUUUUGGGAUGAGCUCUUUUUGAUUAAGGUCAAUGAGGAAUAUCUUUCUACGAGUCUUAGGCAAGUUAGUGAAGACCAAUUGCUCGCUAUCAAAGACAGGAUCAACAGCAUCUUUUUACAUGCUGUUCAAACCAUGAGGGACCCAUUACCUCAAAGACGACUUCAUGCUAUGCAGACUCUGACUAUUGUCUUAGGAGAAAUAUUUCAAAAAAAGUUCAACAACUGGAGUUUCGAUGUCAUUCAUUUACUGACAGGACUUUCGCAUGCUGACCUUGUGUUCCGGACAUUAAUCCAAGGAUUGAACGAUAUCCUUGGAAGCAAUGACUCAUUGGAAAUUCAAGUAGCUGCUCUAAGGCUUGCCAUAGCGCUAGCGUGCGGUAACGAUAACGUGAAUAAGAACAGCUUGAACGAAUAUUUCAUGCAGAAGAACAUUUUUACCUCAUUAAUCAAGUUCUUCGUCAUGGUGGACUCUGUAAAUUUGGCAUUCGAGGCUAUGUCUUUGUUAGGUUUGCUGGCAAACUAUAACAAGUAUGAGUCUCAGAACCCAUAUCUAUCCAACUUGGCGGCUCUGAACGAUUUGAGCAUACUUCAAAAGAUGUGCAUGGUUAUUGUCCAUACCUGCGAUGGCAUGCGGAGAGGAUAUAUUGAAAUUAUGGAUGAUGACGAACAAUCAGCAGUAUCAAAGCUCACCAGCGCACUGUCAUACGUUACAGGAAUGCUUUGGAAUCCAAAGGCGCAAGAUAGUUCUGUCACGGAUGCUGCUUUUACCACACUUCCGGACGGUAGAGCCUCAAUAUUGCUGAUACUCUAUGACCUCAUUUACAACAAUAAACUCUUCCUUAACGAGUUUUUGAAUUACUCCACAUCGAAAUCAACUACGACUGGCUCACAGGAUAAGGUCAUAGGAGAGCAGCAGACAACAUCAGAGACGAGUGAAAUAGCCAUGGGGUCAUUCUUGUCGUUUUCAUCCUACAUGUUGCAGCACAACCGAACCCAUCGUACCGCUCCUUAUACUCAUCUUUGUCUGAUUAUCAUGUUGAUCUUGGUGGAGGACCCCGCCACAUAUCCGUAUCUAUGUAACAUCCCACGAUCACAUGACCCACCAUCAGCACUUUUGACACAGGCAGGGGCGGUCCCAGUAAGCUCGAUGGCGACUGUACGGCUAUGCCGUCAGAGACAGCCUGUACUGCCAAAGAUCAAACAAGCCAGGCCAAUGGGUGCAGUUCUCUUGGAUGUCAUUUUGGGUUUUUUGAAGCACAACAUGAAAAAGAAAAUGCAGAUCGACUGCUUCCGCAUUGCCAUCGCCGUCAUCUUCUCGGUUGCAAGCCGGUUCAAAUCACUUCGUGUUCGCUUGCCAUAUCAUUGGGUCGAGAUGUGGAAUACACUUUUAGGGCUUGUGAAAUUCCUGCAAUCCAACAGCAAGGUGCUUCAAAACAAUUCCGAGGCUAGAGAUUUAAUUGCUGAAACUAUUGAUCUUGUAAACUAUUUUGUUACCUUUGGAGAUCUUAUCAUGCCUGAUCCUGCUAGUCUUUACGCCCUAUACUAUGAAAUUGUGCGCUCAGGAAUCGAUCCAUUCACUGAGCUUACAAGUCAGUUUUCGAUCUCUGUUCAACCCCCUCUUCCUCCGCCGCUGCCUCACCAUGAUCUAACCUCCCGUAAUCGCCUCAAUUUAGCGUCCUCACCCAUCUCAAGUCCUUCAGAAUCCGCAUUGUCAUCUCCAAUCCCAGCGACAGCCUCUGUCCUGACAUCACCGCCUUUAUCGCCAUUCCAGACCUCCCAUAGUCCUUAUGGACCUACGUCUCCUUUAAAUAACGGCGCAAGUGGUGGUGGUAGCAGACCCUCCCAGCAACGUGUAAUUAUCAUUAAUUUGUCUAAUAUCAACCAAGUCCAUACUUUCUUCUUUACACAUCUUCUCGCAUGGCGGGACGCCAACCCAACAAGAAGUCUUGGACCCGAUUUGGUUUCGACUAUUAUCAAGGAUCAUUACAAAGACUUGACGCUAGUUCCUAUUUCCUUGGAUGCAUUUCUGAAUCAGCGACAGAAUAUUAUCCCAUUAGGAGUCAAGGGUUAUAAUAUCAACCAAGGCUCAACAGCAACAGCAACAACAACAGCGACAAUAACAGGAGGACCUCAUCCAGGAUGGGAUGGGUAUUCUGAAGUGCCUAGUAGAGUACAUUUCUUCAGGCAAUUGAUUCGAUGGGUUGUUGCAGAUCUAAGGACAAUUUCCAAGCAACAUACCUCAGUUGCUCGACGGAGUAGAUCCCCUUCAUCUGGGACAGCAGUACCAAUAAUAGUUGGAACUUAAAACAUGUCAAAGAAAAGUGAAAAUAAAAUACCG